GUUGUAUUCCUCAAAAAAAUUCUCAGUUCCCACAUCAAAUUUCCUGCAAACACCUACUUCUCUCGCCGUCUCAGUCUGAGACUCUGAGUCUCAGAUUCUUGAAUAAUUCCAUAUUCCACCGGAUUGCUUUUUUAUUUUGAUCUCCUCUAACCCUUUGGCUCAUCUUUUGUUUUCUCUCUUGCUUUCUUUCUAUGGAGAACAACAACAACAGCAACAGUAACAACGCCAAGGCGGCUUCCGGAGGACCCAAACCAAACGCCAACCACAAUAACAACGAUGGCCAGGAGUCCGAUGAGAACCCUAAUCAUGCGAAUGCUGAGGAACAAGAAGAAGAACAAGAAGAACAUGGAGUGGAAGAAGAAGAUGAUGAUGAGGAAGAGGGACGUGGAUCCGACGUGGAGCAGCCUCCUCAGCCGCCGCCGCCGCCCUCGAGAACCCCCUUUACUAAUCUCAGUCAGGUCGAUGCUGACCUCGCUCUUGCUCGUACCCUUCAAGAACAGGAAAGGGCAUACAUGAUGCUUCGAAUGAACAAUGACGGGAGUGAUUAUGGAAGUUGGGAAGCAGGAAGCUAUGUGCAUGAUGAUGAGGAUGAUUUUGAUGAUCCCCAUGAUGAUACUGAUGAGGAUGAUGAUGAUGAUGAGGAGGAGGGAGAGGAGAGAUAUGGAGUUGAUGUUGAUGAUGAUGAAGAUGCUUUCGAUGUGCAUGCUCAUGAAGAAGCUGGGGAGGAUAAUAACCCCAUUAUUGAAUUCGACCCAGCUGUGUUUUCGAGUGACGAGGCCUAUGCAAGAGCCCUGCAGGAUGCUGAAGAGAGAGAAAUGGCUGCUAGAUUGUUCGCCCUUGCAGGGAUAAAUGAUCGUGAAGUUGAGUACAUAGAGGAUCAUGGUGGUAACUCUCAGGAUACAUGGGAGGAGGUUGACCCCGAUGAACUUUCCUAUGAGGAGUUGAUUGCAUUGGGUGAAGUAGUUGGGACGGAGAGCAGAGGGCUUUCCGCUGAUACAAUUGCCUCUUUGCCUUCAGUAAAUUACAAGUCAGGAGGCAGUCAGAAUGGAAGCAAUGAUUCUUGUGUCAUUUGCCGUUUGGACUACGAGGAUGGUGAAACGUUGACAUUGCUUUCCUGCAAACAUUCCUACCAUCCUGAAUGCAUAAAUAAUUGGUUGAAAAUAAACAAGGUCUGCCCUGUUUGCAGCACUGAGGUUUCCAUAUCUGGCAACAGCUAGUAGAAUUUAUGGAUCAUGGCUCAUAAUUAUUUGCAUUAGUUAGCACAUAAUUUGGGUCGUGGCUCUUGUUUCGUUAUUAUGCAUAUAGUUUUUCUCUGCAAGUGGAAGGAAUACCAAAUGUGCUUGGUUGUAUCCAUGUUUUAAAGCAAAACCCUGCAGUUGAAGCUAGUUUACAAUAUUUAUUAGAUAUGGCCUUUCUCUUUAACCGCAGUUGAAGAUGGUUUAGUUAUACAAAUGGAUAAAUAGUAUGCAAUUGCUUGUGACUUUCUUUGCACUUCAA